CUGAUGAACAACCAAGUCGUUGUAGUAUAGUGGUAAGUAUUCCCGCCUGUCACGCGGGUGACCCGGGUUCGAUCCCCGGCAACGGCGUUUUAGUUUUUUUUCUACAUCCUCCAGCGCUUUUCUCUCACAGAACUACAGAACUCCACCAAUCAUAUCUCUCCGCGUGGCGUUGUAUGCUUACGUGGCAUCCUACAAUUGGCCUAAUCCUUCAGGCCUCUCUUCUUUAUUUACACAUAUACCCGCUUGCUUCCCUUCUUCCUCCGUCCUAACUUCCAGAACUGAUCUGUAACUCGAGAGAGAAAAAAUGGCGAAAUCAAAGCUGCAAUCUUUCGCACUCCUCGUCCUCCUCUUUGGAACCCUAGCAGCUUUCUCUCAGGCAAAAAAGUCGAAAAAGUCGCAGGAAAGUUUGAAAGAAGUAACAAAUAAAGUAUACUUUGAUAUUGAGAUUAAGGGAAAACCUGCCGGACGUAUUGUCAUUGGCCUCUUUGGAAAAACAGUUCCUAAAACAGCAGAAAACUUUAGAGCAUUAUGUACAGGUGAGAAAGGUACAGGAAAGAGUGGGAAGCCUCUGCAUUACAAAGGCAGUAAGUUCCACAGAAUUAUCCCCAGCUUCAUGGUUCAAGGUGGUGACUUUACCCUCGGUAAUGGUAUGGGUGGUGAGUCUAUUUAUGGGGAAAAGUUUGCUGAUGAGAAUUUCUUGAUCAAGCACACUGGACCAGGUCUUCUGUCAAUGGCAAAUGCCGGUUCUGACACCAACGGGUCACAAUUCUUUAUCACCACUGUCACAACCAGCUGGCUAGAUGGACGACAUGUUGUCUUCGGGAAGGUGUUAUCUGGAAUGGACGUGGUGUAUAAGAUGGAAGCAGAAGGCAAACAGAGCGGCACACCCAAGAGCGACGUUAUAAUUGCAGACAGCGGUGAACUUCCACUUGAUAGCUAAUUGUUUUAGGCAGCAAGGCGCAAAGUUUGGCACUUGAUAUGUAUGAAAUGAUCUAUGAAAUGCCCUAUGGCUUGUUUUUGGAGUUCGGCUUACUGCACGACGCCAUAACAAGAAAGAACAAUGGGGAGUAGUCAGUUUGUCUGCAGCAAUUUUCAGUUCUGCACAUCCCUAUAAUAAAUUCAUUAGUGUGAUUUCCAUGUUUGAGGAAAUGGCACUUUUUGUUACCCCAAUUGCUGAGAUUUUUGAAGCCAUAUACAAGCACCCCCUAUUAAUUGCCCAAGUGCAGUUGCAUUUUGUGGUGUCCGCGAUCAAAUGCUGAGUACCGAGUAUUUUUUUAAAAAAAGUUUUACUACACGU